AAAAAAAAGUUAUAAAUUUCUUAUAUUAAUUUGAGUUAGAGUUCUGUUAAUAUUCAUAAUCAAUUGGUAAAACCAAUUGAAUUUUAAUUAAUUUCAAAAUAGGAAAAUAGAAAAUAUUUUCUUGAGCUGGUGUAACAAUUAAGAUUGGCUAGUUGAAUAAAUAUAACGCAACUUUUUCGCAGUCGAAUUGUCCAACAAAAACGGAGAAAGGGGAAAGUAAAAAAAAAAGCAUUAGACGAAACAUACGGCGACGACUAUAACGUCCAGAAUUCGCUCAGAAAGAAGAAAAACUUUUUUUUUAUUGUUAUAUUUUCUGUGUGUGCAAAAAGACGUGUUUGUGAAGCCACAUCGCUUACAUCGUUAUCGUUGGUUUCUUUGUGUGGAAAAGGUGUUUAUAAGGAAAAAUAAUUGUUAAGCAGCACAAAAUGAAUUCCAAACAGCGUUAACCGACCUACGAGAUUGGCUAAUGAUGAGACAGAAUUGUUAAGCAUAGAAAACACUGAGAAUAUAAAGAAUCAAUCCAAGGAAAUGUGAACUUGAAAAGGUCUUUAUAUAGAAGAGCAGCUUCAGUUGAAAUAAAAAAAAACAUCGACUGAAAAGAAAUUGAGACGAAAAGCAAAGGCACUUAAGAUUUGCUAUAUGAAAACUAUUUUCUCAAACAAAGCUUUCCAACUGACAUGUAUAAACAAUGGUUUGAACACUGAUGUCUCACUGAUGACAUCAACUCUGGAAAUCUUGUCAUUAGCCUUGUUAUCUGUAGUUAAAUAUCAUCAUGAAAAUGAGUUUGUUUUUGGGUCUAUGCCAGCUCUAGUAGUAUCCUAAGCUGUGAAGAAUUCACCCUUUUUCUCUUGAUACAAAUCGUUUAAACCGUUAUUCUUGUCCUCCCACUUUUGAUUUUAGACUGUCAAACAGAAUGGUUGUUGGUUCACAUCACAGCCGUCGUAGUGAAACUGCUAGUAAAUACGCGAAUUCCUCAACGGCUGCCACUGCCACUAUCCCAAAUACUGCAUUGAGUGGUGUCACUGCCAAAACUACUACACUUACACACUCAAUGUCCUCAGCAUCGAACUCAAUCAAUGGCCUCUACGCGAAUGGCAACACCAACGGCUACCAUUUACCACUUAGUGGCAUCAAUGGUUCCACCAAUAGUAUUGUAUCCCGCUUGUCUCAGUCUACGGGGAUGACACCGAAAGAGUUGUCCGAAAAUGAUGAUUUGGCCACAUCGCUUAUACUCGAUCCCCAUUUGGGUUUUCAAACGCACAAAAUGAACAUACGCUAUCGCCCGCUUAAGGUUGAUACUGCACAACUUAAAGCCAUCGUGGACGAGUUUAUAUGUACGCAAAACUAUGAGGUGGCCGUUAAGAAAAUCUUUAGCGGUCCUUGGUUGCCAAGAAGUUUUAAGAACAAAAAUAAAAUUUCCAUUAAAAGACUGCAUGAUCAUAUAAUACGCUAUUUGCGAGUGUUUGAUAAGGAUAGUGGGUUUGUUAUUGAAGCCUGCUACCGCUAUUCUUUGGAAGGCCAGAAGGGGGCAAAAAUCUGUGCCACAAAAAGAUGGUCGAAAAAUGAUAAAAUUGAGUGUUUGGUAGGCUGCAUAGCUGAAUUGUCGGAAGCAGAGGAGGCGGCCCUUUUGCAUGCCGGCAAAAACGAUUUCUCCGUUAUGUAUAGCUGUCGUAAAAAUUGUGCACAAUUGUGGUUAGGUCCAGCCGCAUACAUCAACCACGAUUGUCGGGCCAACUGCAAAUUUGUUGCUACUGGUCGCGAUACAGCUUGCGUUAAGGUUUUACGCGAUAUUGAAGUGGGUGAAGAGAUUACUUGCUUUUACGGUGAGGACUUCUUUGGUGAUGGUAAUUGCUACUGUGAGUGCGAAACGUGCGAAAGGCGCGGUACAGGUGCUUUUGCUGGUAAGAGGGGUAGUGGCCAAAUCGGUAUGGAUUCUUCGUUAGCUUUAGGACUGGGUGGUGCCUGUUUAAUGGGUGAGGCCAGCGCCAGUAGUGGCUAUCGUCUAAGAGAAACUGACAACCGCAUCAAUCGCAUCAAGAGUCGAGCCAAUUCAAUUAACUCAACAAAUAUAGAUCUCGCUAAUGGUUGUUCAGGCGACACUAGCCACGCUGCAGUGAAUGGAGGUAUGCAGCAGUUGAAUCAUAGUAGCAAUUUCAACAAUGCUCAGCAUAACAAUGGUAAGAAAGUGGAAGCUCACUUGAGUAGUGGUGGCUUCUUAAAUGGGGAGGGUAUGAAAAAGUCAGCCGCGGUGGUUGUCACUCCGCUGACAAUGCAAGAAUUGAGACAAAAAGGUAUGACGAAAUAUGAUGCCGAAAUGAUUAUGGCGAAUGCUAUGCAGCAACAACAUCAACAACAACAUCACCAUCAUCAUUACCAUUUGCAUUCUCAUCAACAACAACCAGCGAGUCAACCCGAAAGUUUAUCUAUCGCAGGAUCGCAACUAAAAUUAGAGGAGUCGCAAUCACGUACUCACAGAGAAUCUCUAAGGAAAUCGGCUCGUGUUAACAGUACUAGUAGUACUAUCUCUUCGGGGUCUGUGGAUGAUUUUGUUGCCAUAGCAAAUGUAAGAGGACAGACGACAAAACCUAACCUAGUCGACGUGCCUAAAGCAGGGGCUUUAGCUACAAACAAUGGAGCACGCAGAGCUUUACGACGCUCAGCUCACAUUAAAGGGAAUAAUGCAGAAAUCGUAAGAACUGCGUUGACGACAAAGCCUACAACGCGUCACACACGUUCCACGACCGCCGCUUUGGCUAUGAAAGGUGAAACAGCAGAAACAAUCGCUUCUUCUUUUGCUAGUGAAGAAAAUUUCGUUGUUAUUCCAGCAUUGGAAACACAAGAGAGCGGAAAGGAUAUUCUAAGCGAUGAGCUGUUAUACGAACAGAAUCCUCCAGGUGAGAAUCUUUCGCAUAAUCACAAAUCGGUCAGGUCUCUAACAGGUAGUGAAGCAUCCACAACACGUACACUAAGACACCAUCAUAUGACGGCGUCCGAAGAAAUUAAUAAAAACAGCGUAAACUGUCACCAUAGUAAAUUUUACAAUAGUUGUAGUAUUAAGCAACAGCUGCCGACGACAACCACAACCGCAGCGGCAGCAUCAUCAGUUAUAUUUAACAAUAUCAGAACACAUCAUCAUCAUAAACGCAAAAUAAGUGAAGUUUUAGUAGUUGCAGAUGAAACGCAUCCAAAACAGAAACAAAAUUUUGUAGGCGAAUUCGUGGAAAGCGACAGGGAAGUAGGUGACGGUUAUAGAUGUAACAAUAGCAUUAGUGUUAGUUAUAGUAAUAACGACAACGUUGAUGAUUACGAGAAAGCAGGCGGUAGAUAUUUAAAUACUUUUAGACUGAACAAUAGUCCUGGAUAUAAAAAGAAUUUAAUGAACUCCUUUGAAGAAGUGGCCAAAGUAAAUUCCAAAGCUAGACAUUCCGACUAUAUGGAUGUACAGCAGCAGCAGCAUUCGAGACUCAAGCGCAACGGAGGGAGAAAGAACAGUCCCAGUGACGACGCUAAAAUUCUUCUUCUAGGCGGUAGCUCUACCGGUGGUGGUGGUAAUGGUAGCGGUAGCAGUAUAUCGUUAGGGAAACGCCAUUUCGGUUGCAAUGAUAGUAACAGUAGUAACAGCUGGAAUUCUUUGAUUGAAAAAACUUACACUGAAAACGAUGCUUUCAAAGCGGAACCUCUAUUGAAAACGCCCGAAAGACGUCUUAAGCUUACUUUGCGGAUGAAACGUUCACCAAUUUUGGAUGAGGUCAUUGAAUCAGGUACUAGUUUAAGCGAUGAAAGCAGUAGCUUUACUGGUACUUCUAUCUGUAGUAGGGGUUCAUCGCAUUCGGAAACAGUUGAAUAUGAAAUUUUACGUAUGGAAGGUAUUACUGAAAACGGUAAUGAAUGCGAAGAUCAAGAAGGAAUGCCACUGAAACGCAAAAAGCGCCAUAAGUCAAAGGAAAGAAACCAUCGCCAUCAUCGUCAUCGCAGGCAUCAUAGACAUAAUUUAAGUAACGAUUUACAUGAAACUAUACAUGAAGACGAAAAAGAAGAUAAGGAGGAGAUCCAACAUGAAGCCAAAGAAACGAAAUCAUCUAAAUCGCCACAAUCUGCAUCGAUAAAUUUACCUGUUACCUCUUUAACUCCACAAAAAAAACGUUUACGUUUAAUAUUUGGUAAUGAAACGCAUACCAUAGACAUUCCACCACAAACUGCCGCCACUACUAAUGACGAAACGAAUGCCGAUGAUAGUCCGCUAAAUAAUUCGACAUCAUCUACCUCACUGCAAACGCCCUCGAAUACCACAAAGAACAGUACCACGCAACAUCCUGCAAAAGUAAUAAACACUAGCUCAGACACUUCGUCUACCUCAUUGGUGAAUCUAUCAUUGACUUCCUCUACCGAAGCUUCCGCUUCAAAAUGUUCACCUUUGUCUACGUCUACAGCAUCGAAUCCUUCAUUUACAUCAGACUAUAGUGGUAUCGAAAGUAGCGGUGUUAAUGCGGGUCUUUUUUCGCUGGACGAACCAUUAAAAGAACCACUUAAUUUAACAACUUCUUCCGGUAGUUCGAUUCUGCAUAAAACUCCUUCAAGUAUAUUCAAAAAUCACACAGCUCGAUCAUCUCAUUUGCCUUUAACAUCCUUUGGCUCUAAUCAUACACAAAAUAAUGCGAUUUGCACAGCCAAUAUUACUGGUGCUGCUGCUGCUACUGCUACUGCUGUUGUUACCACUACUCAAAGCGCCGUAACAGCAGCAGCGACAGCUUCAAUAUUUCUUUCACAAGCCAUACCCAAGCAUACUUUUGGGUCAUGUGCUCUCAUUGCACCAACAUUUGCUCGCAAUCUGUUGGUUUCGUCCAAUCCCUCGACACCGGGUACUUCUCCUCUCCGUAGCUCUAUACCCCAAAAUUCUAGUUAUAAUGGCAGUAAUAACGGUAUAACAGUUAACAGUCUAAGUAGCUGCAAUUUACCGUUAAGUCUCACAACCACUUUAACAUCAACAAUAUCAACAGCAACAACAACAAUAACAUCAUCCACAACAUCAGCGACAACAUCGGCAGCAGCAGUAAUAACUUUAAAAAAAUCGAACGAUCUUUUAACACAUUGACCGGCAUUACAAUUACUACCGUUAUAUGUAUAAAGUUUUCCGUGUGCAACAGUUUCUGGUACAUAAAGAGAUUGAAAAACGAAGUCAUAAAAAACGAUAUAUCCGCCCUUUUGAACUUACAAAAAGAAAAAAAGAAAAAACGAAAAAAAAAAGAAAAAGAAAAGAAAGAAAAAGGAAAAGA